AUGGCGGAAUCUGCAAAAUUUCACGCAUUUUUGGGACCGGUGUGUGACUAUGCAAUCGCCCCGGUGUCUCGAUACGCCGGAGUGUGGGGCAUCCCCGUAUUGACGACCGGAGGUCAAGCGGACGCAUUUCUGCAUAAGGGUGAACAUUACCCAACGUUGACCCGCAUGAUGGGCUCGCACCGUCUCGUGGGCGAAGCACUCAGACACAUACUCCACAGUUUUGGGUGGACAUCGGCGGCUCUUAUUUACCACAACCACGCAAUGGAGAGUAGCAAGGGACAUUCCGAGUGUCAUUUCACUCUCAGCGCGGUAUUCUCAGCUCUCAACAAAACAUCAGUACACAAAAGCUUCAAUCAAGAGACCAACAACUUCAAUGACUACCGGAAUCUGCUUACCUUCGUUUCACAUUCUGCAAGAACUACCGGGCCCCUUCCAUCAUUACCUUCUCUCAGUCCAUCCGUUUGGCUUGAAUUAAGAUUCACUAGUAACUUGAUCGCAAGGCGAUAG